AGUCAUCCGAUCAACGCUUGAGGGAAUCAGGAUCAUUCUCGUUGUAAGAACCAAUCCGAUCGUGUCUUGGAAUCUCUCUCCUCGAGCCAAUCAGCUACUCAACCAACGAGCCAUUACCCAGUCAAGUCAGGACUCGGCUGGAAAGACGAGAAGAGGCUUUGGACCGACUUGAGAAUGAGGAAAAAAUUUGAUUGAUCGCCGAGUGUCAUGCAGAGCUCCCGAAAGCAGUCAAAGAACCGAUUCACUUCAGAAUCACUCUCUGGUUAGCUUCCUCACAUUAGCUGCCGACCCACAGAGACAGAGAACCACUUGCGCUCUCGAUCUUUGGAAGAUUUGAUCCAAUCCAUCGAUAUCAUCACCAAAACUCCCUCUUCCUCGUUCCGAGCUACCAGUCACUUGGGCGAAGAAGGCCCUCCAACCUUUGAGUUAUUUAACGUGCCCGGAUGCACUCGGCCCUGACUCACUCUUUAGAUGGUAUCUCCUCCACCAAAGCUGGCUUGGUGGAGCAUUGAUGAGCACAAUCCGACCACUCUCAACCUAGCAAAUGGUAUCGCAGUAAGUCCAACUGGUACGAAUCAUAAGUUGAUGCUAGGUUGGUGCCCAUGGUUGUUGAUUGGAUUUAAGAACUUCACACCUACUAGCGAUUUGGCCCCUUCAUACUCUAAUAACCUCGCCAAUCAAACCGCGCACAUUGAGGAGUUCAAGAGUCUGCCUAGAUCAUUCGAAUCUCUUGGCAGUGACCAUCCCCACUCCAAGUCCCAGUCAGAUCUGCCCGUCCUAUCCAAAGGUACCACCGACGAACAACGAACAGCCUCGUAUCGUGUCUUCCCGUUGUCCGUCAAUGACCCAACCCUCGGCAAGGGUGAGAUUGUUGAAGGUCCCUCCGACCUGAUUGCCUCGCCACUUGGCUGGCAUAUGUACCAUCCCACCCACUCACCGUGCAAGUGCACACCCUGAAAUCAGCUGCUUAUCAACCAGCUGGUCUCGUCAUAUACCCCACCAUGGGGUUCGAGCGACAGAUAGCCAAGACUAUAAUGGCUGGAGCUGAUGGAAAAUCUCAUACAGCUGACGGCCGCAAUAGACGCGUUGGAAUGGUGCCGAGCCUUGGCGUGAUGGCGAUCUUGAGGCCGGGCUCGUUAUCCUGGUGAAU